GGCGCUGUGCCAUGGGUGGCGGGCCUAGGCGGGGGUGGGGGCUUGGGCGCUGUGGAUGGGGGAGGGAACGGCGUGGAUGAGCAUGGAGCCUUCUGGAAAUCGGCCGGAUGUGUGGAGGCAGAGAGGCGGCGUCCAGGUGCUGGUCGUGUAGGGGUGCAGGGCUGGGGGGACGUGGGAUGACAGCUGUGGGCCAGGGAUGUGGAGGCGUGUGUGUAGUGGCCUCGCCUCUGUGGGAGGUGUCUGGGGGUGUGGACCUGGAUGGGGGCAGGGAGGUUUCAGCGCUGCCGGAGGCUGAGGUCUGCCUGGCAGGGGGUGGAGGAGGAAGCUGCCCUGCUCGGGGGCCCCCAUCACCUUUCCCCUGCCUCUGCAGAUAUGCUGCUGCUGAAGAAACAGACGGAGGACAUCAGCAGCAUCUAUGACAUCCGAGGGAGGCUCGGCUCGGGUGCCUUCUCCGAGGUGCUGCUGGCCCAGGAGCGGGGCUCUGCACAUCUCGUGGCCCUCAAGUGCAUCCCCAAGAAGGCCCUCCGGGGCAAGGAGGCCCUGGUGGAGAACGAGAUCUCAGUGCUCCGUAGAAUCAGUCAUCCCAACAUCGUGGCUCUGGAGGAUGUACAUGAGAGCCCUUCCCACCUCUACCUGGCCAUGGAACUGGUGACGGGUGGUGAGCUGUUUGACCGAAUCAUGGAGCGGGGCUCCUACACCGAGAAGGAUGCCAGCCAUCUGGUGGGUCAGGUCCUCGGCGCUGUCUCCUACCUGCACAGCCUGGGCAUCGUGCACCGGGAUCUCAAGCCUGAAAACCUCCUCUAUGCCACGCCCUUCGAGGACUCCAAGAUCAUGGUCUCCGACUUUGGGCUCUCCAAAAUCCAAGCUGGCAACAUGCUAGGCACUGCCUGCGGGACUCCUGGAUAUGUGGCCCCGGAGCUCUUGGAGCAGAAGCCCUACGGGAAGGCUGUAGAUGUGUGGGCCCUGGGUGUCAUCUCCUACAUCCUGCUGUGUGGGUACCCCCCCUUCUACGACGAGAGCGAUCCUGAGCUCUUCAGCCAGAUCCUGAGGGCCAGCUAUGAGUUCGACUCUCCUUUCUGGGAUGACAUCUCAGAAUCAGCCAAAGACUUCAUCCGGCACCUUCUGGAGCGAGACCCACAGAAGAGGUUCACCUGCCAGCAAGCCCUGCAGCAUCUUUGGAUCUCUGGGGACACAGCCUUCGACAGGGACAUCUUAGGCUCAGUCAGUGAGCAGAUCCAGAAGAACUUUGCCCGGACGCACUGGAAGCGAGCCUUCAAUGCCACCUCAUUCCUGCGCCACAUCCGGAAGCUGGGCCAGAGCCCAGAGGGCGAGAGGGCCUCUGAGCAGGGCAUGGCCCGCCACAGCCACUCAGGCCUCCGUGCUGGCCAGACCCUCAAAUGGUGAUGCCCAGGCAGAUGUCAAGGCCAAGCGACUGAUCCCCAGAUUUCCUUCCCUUGGACGCCUUUGGUCCCCUCCCCCAACCUCUCCCCCUGUGGCUGGCCUGUGCUGGAGUUUGAAUUUGAGGGUGUGGUGAAUGGCGCUGGGGUGGGAAUGGGGCACCCCCAAGUCUGUCCCCAGGCUCUGUCCUGCCUGGGGACAGUGGCUCCCCUCCUCUGUUGCCUCGCCCAUCCGUGUCCCCGCCCCACCGAAAGACUGGGAGGCACAGGCAGGCGGGCCUCAGGGGCUGUCUUUCCUGCACGGCUGUUCUGUGCUUCGCUGAGUGUAAGUGAUCCUGCUCGUGUCAUGGUCGUGGACUUCCAGCCCCCUCCAGUUUUCUCCAAACCAAUAAAGACAGACAGAGCAA